ACUCUCCAAGCUCCGCGCUGCUCCCCGCAUCAAGCUCAUCAGCAUCGCGUGCGUUGACUCUACUGGUUCUUCUGUCUGCGUACAUCUCUGGCUUCCUUCGAUUAUCACAGUCCCUCUAUUUAGUCUAAUACGACGCACAUUAUGGCGCUGCCGCCGCUCUCAAAAGAGCGCCUGGCAGAGGUCCUGACGACGGCGCCUUCGCCGUCGGCCCUCUAUGAUGCGCUCUCGCACUACGAACCCGAUGCCAACCUCCUGUUCACAGAUAGCGAGGUGACUGGUGAUGCAGAACUUCUAAGCGUCUUUUACUCCUCAUACCUUAUAUCUUUGCUUCUAAUAAACGAAACACCCGAAGCUCGCAUGUUGACGCACCGGAUGCCUCCAACCCUCGUGGCUAAAGACCAAACUUUGCAGAACAGUAUCGCACUAUUGCAGGCCGUCUGGCAAAAUGACCAUGUGCAGGUAUACAAGGGUCAUUUCAAGAAAAGACGUUCCAGGACAUAAGCAGAGCGUAUGAAGCAAUCAGACCAGAGACGGCAGCAGCCUAUCUAGGCUACAGCGGGGACUCUGCAGACACUGCGCUUAUAGAAAAAACCUAUACGGAACGAGGGUGGAUUUGGGAUAAGGAAAAGAA